AUGGACGCCGAAGGCGGCGACCGGGGCGCAGGCUUGCGGGCAAGGGGUCGCGGGCCUCAUCGGGAACCUGUCCAGAAGGUGGCUAUAAACUGGUGCGUUUGCAAAGGCGCAAUUCCGAUUCCCGGCGUGAAGACAGUGAGGCACGUGGAGGACAACUUGGGCGCGCUCGGCUGGAGGCUGAGCCCUGAUGAGAUCUCAGAGCUGGAAGCCGCGGCGAUGGAGUGCCCCAAGAAGAUGGUUCAGAACAUAUUUCAGACCGCAUGA